AUGCAAGCAAAUCUUCCCUCACAACAAAUUCAACCUGAUCAGUUUUGGUAUUUAAUUGAUGCUCAUUUUAAAGAAAAUGGUUUAGUAAAACAACAAUUGUCAUCAUAUAAUAAUUUCAUUAAAAAGGUAAGGGAUGUUAUUACAAGUGAUACUACGAAAAUUGAAAUAAGUAAUGCAGAAGUUUUAGGGAUAAGUGCCAAUGAUGAAGAAGAACAUACAAUUGUAUUAACAGAUCCAAUUUUCCAUUUUCCAAAAGUUUCUACUGGUUCUAAGGCAAGUGCUUCUUUAUUCCCUCAUGAAGCUAGAUUAAGAAGUUUAACAUAUGCUUGUCAACUUGAAGUAAAAGCUAAAGACACAAUAAGAAAAAAUGGAACAGAAGAAAUUACAACUGUACCUAAAAUUGAUAUAGCAAGUAUUCCAUCUAUGUUAAAAUCUGAUGUUUGUAGAUUAAAAAGAUGUGUAACACAACCAUCUAUGAUUAGUAAAGAUGAAUGUUCAUUUGAGCAAGGUGGAUAUUUUAUUAUUAAGGGAAGUGAAAAAGUAGUUAUUGCACAAGAAAAAAUGGCACCAAACACAGUUUUAGUUUUUGAAGGGAGUGAUCAAUUAAAAUAUCCAUAUGAAGGAAAUAUUAAUAGUUUAGCAUCUAAUGACGAAGUUAGAACACAUAAAAUUCGAAUGGAUUAUCCAAAAUUAGAUAAAUCAAGACUUAAAAUUAAAGUACCUGUUUUAACUCUUAGUCGUAUGGAUUGUGAUGUUCCAGUUGUAUUACUUUUUGUUGCAUUAGGAUAUGAAAAUGAUCAAAAAAUAGUAGAGGCUAUUUGUUUUGAUGAAAAUGAUAAUGAAAUGUAUAAUAUUGUUACUACUGCUAUUCAAGCAAAUGAAUGUACAACUACAGAAGAUGCAAGAAGAUGGCUUGGAGAACAUUCAAAGAAAACAAAUAAAGAAGGAGUAAUUGAAAUUGUAUCAGAAAAUAUACAAAAGUUACAAAGAGAUGGAACAGAAAAAUUAAAAAAAGAUUUACUUCCACAUAUUGGAACAGAUAAUUUUGAAUCAAAGGCACAAUUUUUAGGAUAUAUGACAAAUCACUUCUUAUCAGUUUAUACAGGAAAAAGAAAUGGAGAUGAUAGAGAUCAUUUAGCAAGAAAAAGAAUGUUAAUGACGGGAGGAUUAAUGAUGGAAUUAUUUAAGAAUUCAUUAAAACGUAUGAUGAAAACAGCAAGGGCUCAAUUACAAAAACAAUUAUCAAGUAAUAAAACAUUAGAAUAUGCUAAACCACUUUCAUUUCCAACAAUUACAUCAGAUUUUACAAAAGCAUUAGGAACAGGAAAUUGGCCACAACCAGGAGGAAAAGAAUCAAGACAUGGGGUAGCACAAGUAUUAAGCAGAUUAACAUUUACAUCAGCAUUGGCAUAUUUAAGAAAAAUUUCAUCACCAGUUGAAGGAAAAAGAAAAACACAAAAACCAAGACAAUUACAUAAUACACAAUGGGGAUAUAUUUGUCCAGCUGAAACACCAGAGGGAGAGUCAUGUGGGUUAGUUAAAAUGUUAUCAUUAAUGGCACAAAUUACUGUUGCUUUACAAGAUGAACAAGUUGAUGAAAUUAAAGAAGCAUUAGACUGUCAAUACGUUUGUAAUAUUAAUGAUUGCACUGGAGAAAAAAUGAAUAAUAUUACUAAAGUCUUUUUAAAUGGAGUAUGGUUAAAAUGUUCUGAACAACCACAAAAAUUAUUAGAAGAAUUAAAGAAUUAUAGAAAGAAUAGUACAAAAGGAAAAGUAAAAAAAGUAAUGUCUAUGGUUCUUGAUCAACUUCAUAAAGAAUUACGUAUUUAUACUGAUGCAGGUAGAUGUACAAGACCAUUAUUUACAGUAAGUAACAAUAAUGGACAUUAUACAUUAAAUUUAAAACAAAGUCAAAUUACAGAGUUAUGUAGUAGAUUAGAUAAUGAAAGUAACGGAACAGAAAAAACAAAGUUUUGGAAUAAUUUCUUAUCAAAAGGAAUUAUUGAAUAUGUAGAUGCUGAUGAAGAAGAAAUGUCUAUGAUUGCUAUGUUCCCAUCAGAUUUAGAUAAUACAGAAGGAGGUUCAAGUAAAAAUUAUACUCAUUGCGAAAUUCAUCCAGCAUUAGUUAUGGGAGUAUUAGGUUCUAUUAUUCCAUUCCCUGAUCAUAAUCAAUCUCCUAGAAAUACAUAUCAAUGUGCUAUGGGUAAACAAGCAAUUGGAGUAUACGCAUCAAAUUAUCAAUUAAGAUUAGAUUCAUUAGGACAUGUCCUUUUUUAUCCACAAAAACCAUUGGUAUCAACAAGAGCAGCUGAAUAUGUCAAAUUUGGACAUAUUCCAGCAGGAAUUAAUGCUAUUGUUGCUGUUUGUUGUUAUUCAGGUUAUAAUCAAGAAGAUAGUGUUAUGAUGAACCAAGGGUCAAUUGAUAGAGGAUUGUUCAGAUCAAUGGCAUUUAAAACAUUUAGUGAAGACGCUAAAAAAUCAGAAACAACGGAAUUAAUGUUCUUUAAACCAAGUGAAAAUAAUUCAGAAAUUACUGAAGACAUUAGUAAAUAUGAAAAAGUUGAUGUUGAUGGUAUUUUAGCACCAGGAACUAAAGUUAAACCGGAUGAUAUUUUGGUUGCUGGAUUUUAUGAAAAUAAAAAUAAAACAUUAAAAGAUUGUUCAUUAAGAUAUAAACCAAGAGAAAAUGGAGUUGUUGAUCAAGUUGUUGUUACAAAUGCACAAUCAGGAACAAAAUAUAUUAGAGUUAAAAUGAGAAGUAUAAGAAUUCCACAAAUUGGAGAUAAAUUCUCUUCAAGACAUGGACAAAAAGGAACAGUUGGUAUGACCUAUAGACAAGAAGAUAUGCCAUUUACUAUUGAAGGAAUUUCACCAGACAUUAUUAUGAAUCCUCAUGCUAUUCCAUCUCGUAUGACAGUUGGACAAUUAGUAGAAUGUUUACUUGGAAAAGUAGGUGCAUUAGUAGGAGAUGUACAAAGUGGUACACCAUUCCAAAAAGAUAUAACAGUUGAUAAAAUUGGAGAAAGACUACAUAAAUUAAAGUAUCAAAGAAGAGGAUAUGAGGCAUUAUUUAGUGGACAUACUGGUAGAAAAUUAGAUAGUCUUGUUUAUAUUGGACCAACAUAUUAUCAACGAUUAAAACAUCUUGUAGAUGAUAAAGUUCAUGGAAGAGCAACUGGACCAUAUGCUACACUAACAAGACAACCACUAGAAGGAAGAUCUAGAGAUGGUGGAUUACGUUUAGGGGAGAUGGAGAGAGAUUGUAUGAUUUCACAUGGUGUUAGUUCUUUAUUAAAAGAAAGAUUAUUCCUUGCAUCUGAUAAGUAUCAAAUUUACGUUUGUGACAAAUGUCAUAUGCCAGCAGUCGCAAACCAUAAAGCAUGUACAUUCCAAUGUUCUUGUUGUAAAGAUAAAACUCAUAUUUCAAAAGUUGAUAUUCCAUAUGCCUGCAAAUUAUUAUUCCAAGAAUUAAUGUCAAUGGCAGUUUGUCCUAGAAUUUAUACUGAAGUUUAA